AUGGCUAUGAAAGCUACGAUCUUGAUGCUGAUGAUCACACUGGUGGUCGUCGCGUCCGCCGGAUUGCUCGAGACCCUGCUCUCGUGGGACCUGCCAGAGAUCGAGGCGAGAUCGACCACGUCUCAGUCCAAGUGCCUGUGCCAGACUUCCGGUUGUCUCUGCUGCGUCGACCUGAAUUUGACAGCCGCGAUCGAUAUAGGUGGCCCGGUUUGCAUCAAUCUCAGGCAGAAGGAGCAGAAUGUGACUCUGAAUCUGACUUAUCGCGAUAAUCCCGUUCAUAAUGCGACGACAAGGAUCGCGAAUGCGGCCAAUAAGCCGACAUGCAUGAGCCUCUUGUUAGACGUGGCGCAAAUCUGCGCGAGAUUUACGUCGGUGAAGCAAGCCGACAUCGGUGGCUACGACGGUUGCAUAGCGAUCGAGCCGGUUCUGUUGGACAGGGCACUAGCCACGUAUCAUAUGGGAUGCUUCAAUUUCCACCAAGGGGUCCGGCAGAUAGAAACGCCCGCCAUCACGGAGACGACGGAAUCCGUCGCCGAAACUACGGACGACGAGGACGACAGCUUAAAUACCGAUGAGCUGAUCGCCGCGGUAUCCGCCAGCGCCGAGCAGGGUAUCGCGCUGUUCACUCAAUGGCUGGGUCUCAAUCUUAAUCCGAAGCUGAAUCUGACGGGCAAGGAGAAUGAACCAUCGCAACAGAACUAUCAACAGAAAGCUGACUCCUCGAGAUCGGCCCGUAAUAUGGCGGACGUCCAGAGCGACAGGAGCGACGAGCGAUUUAAGCAGCUGUUGAGCGCCCAGGACAACGUUCUGAAGGGCUCGGCGACCAUCGGACAGUCCAACGGCAUGGAGACCACCUUCGUCUAUUCCAAACCGACCGAUCUGAUAACCGAGAGGAACGCGACCGAGGAGGCCAAGAGGAAACUCGAAGCGGAGGUCGCCGCGCCGCAGCAUCGGGUCGUGGUGCCGAAGGAAUCGAGGAGAGGAGGAAACGUCAAUGAGAUCUGA